UAACGGGAUGGCAAAAGAGAAAAGGACAGGCAAACCAGCAAUAUCGUUGCAAAGUUUUAAUUGCAUUAAAUAAGUGAAGUAAUAUAAUAGUAAAGUAAUAAAGUAGAUAUUUACAAUAUAUGCAACGUAACAAGAAUAGACAACAAAAGAUCUGGAGGAGAGGAAGGAGCGAGAGAGUGGAGCUUAAAUCAAAAAACUAAAUAUAACAAGAAGAACUAACUAAAGUUAGAGAACUAAACUAACUAACAAAAGAAAAUGUAGAAAGAAACAUCUUCAGCGUUCAGGACGCUAUAACUAAACCAUACUGUCUAACAAAACAAAACAUACAAAAGUAGCACCACUUUUAAGGCUAGUGUGUCUAAUACCUUUUUUUUCCCCUGCGUGUGUAAAUGUAGGUCGCGACCUGCUUACCUGAAUCGCAACCUCUCCAGCCAGGCUACAUAGCGUUAGACCGGUAUAUCAACCCAAUUAAUUAAGUGGCAUUUACAAGAAGGCGAUCUGAAACCAUUCAUCUGCGCACAAUUUCAAGAUCAUUUCCGAUUUAUAAAUGUAACUUCUGGAAGAGAGGCGUACGCAUGUUUUUUGUGUGUACGUUCAUUCUCCGAAUCGCAUGUACGCACAUUUGAGAAAUGAUCGUAAGAUCAAACGUUGGACAGUUUCUACUCAACAUUUUAUGAAUGAGGCCCAGUGUCUGUUGAUGCGAGUGAGUUUAGAUUUCAACAGAACUCAACAGAAUAAAAAACAUCAGUGUGAAUCACGCAAUAUCCACCUUGAUCUCCUACACAACUGCCAAACACUUUCACCUAUAUGACACCUGGAAUUCAUUUAACCAACUGUGAGUUUUAUCAAAUGGUAAAUAUGCAGUACAUACAUAAUGAUCUCAAGCUGAUUAGCUAAAGACAUUACUGUAGCUAUACCCAUUAAGAUAGACACUGAUUUACAGUGAACUCUGUUAGAGCUACAGUACAUAUGGAUAUAUAAAUUAUAAAAUACCUUACUCACCUUAAGGGAUGUCUCAAUGGCAAAAUUAUUCCAGUGCACUGGAAUGUUAGCUCCCUGAAAAAACCCACAAUGCACUACAAAAAACAGGGCAUCGAUGCUCACUAUGCUCCCUUGCCGAAAAUUACAUCACAUAUCUGAAGCGUGAAACAUAAUGCAUGAGCCAACUCAAUAAAUGUAAUGAAAAAUGUAUAUUUUUUUAAAAUUAUUAUUAUUAUUAUUAUUAUUAUUAUUAAUAUUAGGGCUGCACGAUUAAUCAAAAUUAACCCGAAAUCGCGCUUACAGUACACCAAUUUUACACCGAAUUAUGAAAUCGCAAAGGCCAUGUUUUAUUUUAUGCGCAGCUUGUCAGUGAAGCAUGGCUCUAGUAAAUGCUGCUAUUUAUUAUAUUUUAAUGUAUAUAAUUAUAUAAUACUUUUUAAAAUUGCAUUGCUGUAAUGGCCCAUUUCAAAUGUUUAUGUGCUACUUUUCCUCUUUCUCCUUUUGCUGAGGUGGAGUGGUGAUGAAAUACUGUUCUUGUAAAUAAUUCCCAGCAUUUCAGUAAUAAAAGUGUACAUAUUUUAAUUGCAUGCAAAUUACAGUGAAGCGCAACAGUUAUCGUACGGUGUUCCACAGUGGACAAAAUAGAUUUAAAUGGUGAAUUUUUAAUUGGUCUCUGCAAUUAAAUCACCACACAACCUUGGCGUUUGUCAAAAAACAGUAAGUAAUUCAGCCGUAGCUUUUUACGUGGGUUGUAAGAGAAAUACUCUGACAUUCUGGUUUCUUACGGCAAUCACAGACCCCUGUAAAUGUUGAAAAUACCUUGCAUCCCUUUCAGUUACCAACCAAAUAUGACUUAAAAGUUCAUCAAAACAGAACAUAAAUCUGACUAAUAGAGUCAACAGUGACCUCAAGAACCUCAGAGACAAUGUUUUUUUUUGUGUGUAAAAUCAGAGGGGAAGUUUAAACCAUAAAUGUCACAACUUGCAUUAGUCCUUGUAUACACAUGCUGUGUGCAGUACUGUGUGUGAACUGUACCCACUGUAACAUCUUAACUGAAAGCAGAACAUUAGUGAGGAAGUUCAGAACGUAUAUGACAAUAAGUGGUUUUUAAUAAGGAAGUUCAUACAAUUUACUGCAUUGUUCUACUAAGUAAAGUGAAUGUUGUUGUUAAAAUCUUAUAAAAGAAAUGUGAUGAAAGUAAACUAAAGUAAGAAAAUAAACUUUAUGAUUAUACUGUUCCAGAAACAACUAAACCUUUAAUUAUUGAGAUUUCCAGAAUCAUUGUUGAUUGGUGAUUGAACCUCUGUUCUCUCCAGCUCUAAUCAGUGCUUCAGAUCAAAAACUUAUGGAUGAUUCUGUAACUACGGAUAUUUUGCAGUCCAAGCAAUGAAAAAAAAAAAAAAGGUUUCAGUUUAACAGACAGAAGUCUAGACAAAUCUACUUAUUCUUUAUUUUGACUACUUUACAAACUUAAGAAUUAAAGUCACAAAAGGAAGCAUGGGAAUGUGGUCAGCAAAACAUGUGACACCAUAUUUGAGCUUCUUUGUUAGAUUUCAGCUCUGCUCACUCUGGAUUCAUCAGCCAACUUCAUCAGGUGCAUACUGGGAUUUUUUUAAACACUAUUGAAGAAGGUACACGUAUGCAAGUUUUUUAUUUUAUUUUAAUUAUUUCAUUUUUGUUUUGUAAAGAAAUUUGGUAACACUUUGUUUACAGUUACACGUUACAUGUACUUGCUAUAGUAAUAACAGUAAAUUAUUCAUAAUUACAUGCAACUAAGCCUAAACAAAACCCCUAACCCUAUAGUGAGUACAUGUAGAUAAUUAGUAUAACUUAGUACUUAAAUGUAUGAAUACACUGUAACAAGGAAACCUUAAAAUAAAGUGUCACCAGAAAUUCAUAUGCAGAUCGUUUUAUGUUUGUCUUCAAAACUAAUUUUAGAACAUUUCAGCAACAGUCUUGAGAUUGAGAUAAUCAAGAUAAUGAGAAACAAAAACGUUCACGUGUCUUGAUACAUUUUGGAAUUGUUUCAGCAUUCAGAGCAAUGCUCAUUUUAAACAUUUAGUAAAUUAAGACUAUAAAGAGAAGGACAAAUUAAUUAAUGCAACACACCUUGUUUCAUAGAUUACAUGGCAUAACUUCACUAAAGGACAAGAAUAAUGGGAGGUAAAGAAUCUAAACCUGAAAGAAGGAUUGUCCUUUUCGGGAAGACAGGAGAUGGCAAAAGCAGCACUGGGAAUACAAUCCUUAGAAAGCGAAUAUUCAAGAGUAAAGCUUCACCUUCAUCUGUGACUGGAGAUUGUGUAAGCAAAGAUGGGAUGGUUUUUGGAAGAAAAAUCACCAUUAUUGACACACCUGGAAUUUUUGACACAGUUGUUAGUGAGGAGGCCAUCAGAGCUGAAAUCAUUAAAUCCAUCACUGAAAUGGGUCCAAAUCCUGACACGUGCAUCAUGAUUCUGAAGGUUGCAAGGUACACAAAACAAGAAAUGGAGAUUGUAGAUAUUAUGAAUUCAUAUUUUGAGCAGUGUGGAGAUAUCCUUAAACAUAUAUCAAUUUUAUUCACUCACGGUGACGAUCUAGAAGGUCAAACUAUUGAGGACUUUGUGAAGAAGAGUCCAAAACUGCAGGAGCUCGUCGAUAAAUGUGGAAGUCGCUGUCAUGUUAUUGACAAUAAACACUGGAAAAAACGCUGGUGGGGAUACAAGAGCAACAGAGUUCAGGUGAAAAAACUGCUGAAGACCAUCGAGCAGAAGCUGAAGGACAGUGAGAGCGGCUGCUAUAACAAUGAGCUGCUUCAGAUGGUGGAGGAAGAAAUUCGGAAUGAGAUUGAAAAUAUAGAGGAGGACAAUUUGCAUAAAGAGGAGAAUCAAAAAAAAGCCAAGGAAAAUGUUUAUAAAAAACUUCUUGUUAGGCUUGCCGGAGUGACCACAGGAACUCUGAUUGGUGCUUUUUUGGGAAUCGGUGUUGCAGUGACAGCAGUUGUGGCUCUACUGAAAGCAUUAAAGUUUACAUCACCGGUGAAGGCCAUUGGGGUGGAAGCUGCUGCAGGUGUCAGCAUCGGAGCAACAGCUGGUUCAGGGAUGGCGGCAGGUAUUAUUUUUGGUGCUGCAGCUCUCGUAGGAGGUGUUGGAGGAGGAAUCACUGGAUACAAAGCGGCGGAAGAAGCUGAUUCUGUCUGUGAUGCAAUAAAAAGGGCAGCAAAAGCAAACCAUGAGAACGCAAAACCCCUUGUUGAAAUGGCAAACCUCCCAUGUUUUUUACACGAAAUAGAUGACACGUGUGAAUAAAAUGCUAAAAUGUCUAUUUCUACAUUUUAGAACAAUUUGAUGUAUCUAUCACUGUGUACCCAUGUGCUUUUGAUUUACCACCAAUUUCUAGUUCACACAAUCAUCAUCCAGUGUAUUUAUAGCCCCAUGUUUCAGUCUGUUUGUCAAUCACUGUCUUACUGUGUGUUCACACCGCCACUGCCAAGAGCCUCACAAAGACAGGAAGUCAUUCGUUUUCAACGUCAGCCGGCGGCGAGCUCCGGCGAGAGCAGCACGGCGCAUCUUGGACGGUGAGAGCAUUGAGGAGAGUUGAAGUCAGGUCAACUUUAUGAUAAUGAGCUAUGACAUGGUUCAACCAUUCAGUCAUUGCUUGAGAGGAUUCCGAUCAAUUGCCACAACUUGUCAUUUACUUUGACCCUCCCUCUGGCAGCUGUUUGAAUGCACAGUACAGCAUUGUUGACAGGGCAGCGAAGGCGAAUUUUGGCACUCUCGCCGGCGGCGGUGUGAACGCACAGUUACAGUUUUCUAGCUUUGCCUUGGCUCACAACAAGCUAUUAGUAGUUAUGGGCUUUUAUAAAAGUUAGAAAGAUUCACUGAUGUCCAACACACAUAUUGUCACACACAGCACAAC